UCAUAACAAGAGUUAUCCCGAGACACUUUACAGAUAAAGUAGGUCUAGACUACACUCUAUAAUUUACAAAUCUGAAUUAGGUGCUUGUUGUCCCUACUGUAACGUUAGCCUAAUCAUGGUUAAUUACACAUAAGUGUUUGGUCCCAUGAACUGUCAGUUAGUUACUUGUAAUUGGUAAUUACUCCAGAACUAGCUAACAUUAUAGCUGCAAUUAUUGAACAUUUAUGUGUCCCUUAAAUUGCAUCACUCUGCUCUGAGUUUUUAGUCGUAUUGUGCAUCAUGCUUGACACAAGCCAUGGACAGCUGUAUUCUUAAAGUUAUUUUCAUCAUUCAAUUCAUAGGCAUUGACAAUAUUUCAUAUUUUAAACUACACAGCUAUGCAGGAUGCUACAGAUACAAGUAAACUGAAGCUGUGGUUGUAUAACUCAAAAAUUACUUCUGAUUUCUGACAGCUUGCAUUAGUUAUUCCAGUUUUUCUAUAAUAAGGCAAAGGCAAUAGCUGUUACAUUGUUAAAAAAGAUGUAAUAACUCUUAUGCAUGCUGUCACAAAAAAGUCAGUGAAUUCAUAAAGGAAAAAAAAUAUCACCCCUAAUAUGGGUAAGUAUUGCACUUCAACUGUCUCUUUCAAUAAUGGCCCUACGCACUUUCCAGGGGAGGGGUACCUAGGUCAGUAUUAUAUUAGUAUUAAACUGUAGCCCCAGGAUGCUUGAUUAUAUCAAUAAUAUGUCAAUAUAAUAAUUUUUUAUGAGUGGAAAUAUGUGUGUAAAAACCUACCUUACAUAUUGGCCAUCAGCAAAGAAGUAAUUUAAAGUCAAUCACAAUGUAGAACAAGUCACCUGAAAUGGAACACGGGGGACCAUAUCGUUAGAGGCAGCAUGAUGACUGAUUUUGAUAUUUUGUACUGUCUUUGUCAGAUGCAGACAAUGAGUUAAUGUACAUUUCAGCGUCUGCUUUGGACACAGACUCUUCAAACGGACCAGAGGGCUUGGCCUAAAGCUGUCGUGGUGUGCAGCCUCUUUGCUCUCUGUGUCUCUCCGGCUGUUGAGUAGCAUGACUUGGUUUACAUUUCCUGGUGACAACCUGCUGUGCAGAUGUCUUGGCAUCUCCAUCACUGCCUGGUUGACUCUUCUGUUUGUCUUCAUAAUUGUGCCUGCUGUACUUGGAGUCUCUUUUGGUAUCCGAAGACUCUACAUGAGGACACUUCUCAAGAUUUUUGAGUGGGCAACCUCACGGAUGGAGAUGGGAGCAAAGGAAAAGAAUCAGCAACUCCAUAAACCAUAUAGCAAUGGAAUCAUAGCCAAAGAAUCACCAUCGUCCUUGCAGCAGGAGCUCCAGGAGCUCCGAGGUUCUGCCAGCUGUCUGCGCUCAGAGCCGGAGUUUGAGAUGGCUGACAUCUUCUACUUCUGCCGGAGAGGUGUGGAGAGCAUCUUGGAUGAUGAGGUGACCAAGCGCUUUUCGGCCCAGGAACUGGAGAGCUGGAAUUUACUGACUCGAAGCAACUACAACUUCCGUCAUAUCAGUCUGAGACUCACUGUCCUUUGGGGCCUGGGAGUCCUCAUCCGCUACGGCAUCCUGCUGCCUCUAAGGGUUACUUUGGCCAUCACUGGCAUCAGUCUGCUUGUAGUCCUGACUACUUUCGUGGGCUUCUUACCAAAUAGAGAAGAGAACAAACCAAAGAAUGGCGGUAUCUGUGUGUCCAAUCACACAACACCCAUUGAUGUCAUCAUCUUGGCCAAUGAUGGCUGCUACUCUAUGGUUGGCCAGGUACAUGGAGGGUUGAUGGGAAUGAUGCAGCGAGCCAUGGUCAAAUCCUCCCCCCACAUCUGGUUCGAAAGAUCAGAAGUCAAAGACAGACACCUAGUGGCCAAAAGACUAAGUGAUCAUGUUGCUGACAAAACCAAACAGCCCAUCCUGAUCUUCCCUGAGGGUACUUGCAUCAACAACACAUCAGUGAUGAUGUUCAAAAAGGGCAGCUUUGAAAUUGCCUGCACAGUCUAUCCAGUUGCCAUUAAGUAUGAUCCACGGUUUGGGGAUGCUUUCUGGAACAGCAGUAAGUUUGGCUUGGUGAAUUAUCUUCUGAGGAUGAUGAGCAGCUGGGCCAUUGUCUGCAGCGUUUGGUACCUGCCGCCCAUGAACAGAGAGGAAGGGGAGGAUGCGAUGCAGUUUGCCAACAGAGUGAAAGCAGCCAUAGCUGCUCAAGGAGGAUUAGUGGAUCUCAUUUGGGAUGGAGGGCUGAAACGAGCAAAAGUGAAAGACGCUUUUAAAGAAGAGCAGCAGAAACUUUACAGUAAAGUUCUUGUAGGGGAGCAAAGUGACGACACGCAUUUAGAGGAUGAAAAUCAAGAGGAGGAUGAAAAUCCAGAGGAUGAAAGCAAUCAAGAUUCAACAAAAGGACAAUGAGGACACAGUGAAUGUAUGAUGUUAUAAAUACAGACUCUUACAUCUCAUACAGUGACAUCUUACAUAAUGGUGAUUUGGGAAUCAGAAUCAGAAGUAGAAAGAAAGAAGUAUAUAGAUUAUUACUGUAACUGUCCUUUUUCCUAGACUCUUGAGUGAAGAAAAGUAUUUAAUUGUUUAGAUUUUUAUGUUAUUGGUGUAAUAUAUAUAAAUAUAUAUUUAUUUACAUAGUUUGUAUGAUGUGAAAUUAGGAGAAAGGUAACCGUACAGAAGCUAAACCACUGAAAGACAUAAGAAAUGCUAAUAGGUCUUUGUUAACUAAUUGUUCAUAGAUCAAAGUCCUAUAGUGACAUGAAUUUUCCUGCCAUGUGUGCUUGUCAUAUAUCUGAUUAAAACACAUUAUCUUCUAAAAACACUGA